ACCCUAACCAUACACUCAGUCACAGUAUCGACUGCAGAUGGGCAAAUGGUGACAAAGAGAGCAAGCGACCUUGAAUGCUACAAGGGACGACAUUAUUGCCAAGAUCGUUGCAAGGUGGAUCAAGUGGAUGCUCUGCUGAUUUUGUAUCAAAGGAGCAAGAAAUUAUAAUGGGUGAGAAGACUUCAGUAUCCAAAAACAAUGACUGUUAUUUCUACUAUUAUUCAUCAUGUUCCAAGGGUGAUGCCUGUCCUUUCCGCCAUGAACCAUCAGCCCUCCGGAAUGAAACCAUGUGCUAUUACUGGAAACUUGGCAACUGUAAUAAAGCAAACUGCUUCUACAGACACAUGGAGAUUACUUGAUAUUACCAGUAAAAAAGGAAAUUGAUGGUGGAAAAAAUGAUAAGCUGCUAGUUGAAGCUAAGGAGCCAGAGCGUCAGGUGAUCCCUCCCUCUCACAGCGCUGACUGUGACACACCACCACGCCAAGUUCAACCCACUGCCAAACCUCCCAAUCCAGUCAUUGUACCUCUGCAGGAUGGUGAGUCAGACUCAGAGAGUGUCUCAGGCACUCCACAGAAGAGAAGGGAUCCUGAUCUCAGAUUGAGUGCAGAAUUGGAAUGGGAGCUGAGGAGACUCAGACAGAUACAAGAACAUGAAGCUAACCUCAUAGGUUACACUUUUGAAGAUGAUGAAGAAAAUCAGGAACAAAUGGAGGAGGAGGUAGCUGCAGAGAAUGAAGAGGAAACUGAGGAGGUAUGCAGCAAAAAACAUUUUAUGACAUUAUUAAAACCUUUUUGUUAUCUUUCUCCUCCUCCACCUCUUCAUCUGCCUGUUUUUCUUCCUAACCUAGUGCUCUGGGAACAUGCAUUGCAGUAUUGUUUUAUGAUGUGA